UCAUUCCAGUCUAAUGUUACAAACGAAAAUAGAAACUAAACAUUAAAUCCUGACUAACGCGGCGAUAAAUUAUGAAACGGCAGAGUUAAAAUAGAAAAUUAAAACGGUGUGUUAUUUUUAGAUUGUUUCCAACCGACAGUUGUGACAUCGAAUGUAAUUAAAUAAUUUUAUCAUUCCCCUCGUAGACUAUAAAUAAAGCGGCGCCGUUUUUUCGUGGAUUAGAAAUAUAAACCUGCAUAAACCAUGUUAAAAUUUACUAUUGCUAGAAAAGUAAAAGUUGUAAAUUCUGAAAGUCAACAGAACCGUAUUUGAACAAAUUGCUCCGUAUAAAAUAAUAAUAAUUACAUAUUUUACAUAGUACAUUACCAACAGAAAUAGAAAAACACCUGUUAAUUUUAUACAUUUCAGUUGUCGUGUUAAGUUGGCAGUAACAAAUAAGUUUUGCGGCUCGAUCAUUGUCAAAUUGUGACAGUUUUAAAAAAAACAGAAUAUCAACAAUAACAAUCACAAUAAAACACAUUUCAUGAAUAAAAGUGCCCUUAAUAAAAACGAAUAGCUUGGCGUAAUUCUAGAAACGAGCUAAAUAAACACUAAACGGGAGUGGAAAACACCUCGCACACAGAAGGAAUAUUUGAUCGUUGCAUUCGCGGCGUGUCUACGACCUUAACGCGCUGGCGAAUGCACUGCCAGUCGGGCUAGCGUUUAGUGCGGACGUUGUGAAGAAGUGCAUACGAAGAUCACCACUGCCUCAAGAUGUUGCGAGUCGAAAGCAACACCAACUUGGAAGGCUUCACCGAAUUCGAAGAGGACAUCUUAUUCGACGACGAUGAUCCGGAUUUCGAUCACACAACUCCUAUUCACAACGUGCCAAUUUUAUUCAGAAACGAGAAAAACGUGCUGAUCGGCGAGGCUCGGAUCACACUAUCCACUUCCAACGUGUCGUCUGCGAUGUCCCUCGCCAGUGUUCAUCCCGUCGAACUCCAUUCAAGUCACAGUUCGUUGCACACGCUGAGCCACAGCCUCGACGACAUCACGAACCUGAGCUGGAGCCCUCAGAUCCACAGCGACCACGUGCUGACCAUCGAGGAGCUGCGCCUGCAGAUGUCGAGCUGCUUCACGUGCGGCGUGUCCUGGACGGACAAGCACGUCAGUCUUGACUGUUCCGAGUGUGGCGGCUAUGCGGUCGAACGGCCCUGCCUGGCCUGCGACGGUUCCUGCGGAUCUAUGUGGAAGCGGGACUACAAUCAGAGCCACGCUAGCGGCAAAGCCCAUUGGAUCGGCGAUUGUGCGAAAGUCUAUCAGGCCACCCAGGCGUCGAAAGAGAAGGCCGCCCUGAUCGCCCAGGAACUGAGUACAAGACUGGAGAAGCUGAGUGCCAACUCAUGACGGCAUUUCACCUUGUAAAACGAUAGUUUUAUGAUUAGGUUUAGGUUCUAUCCUAGUACAGGGACUAAAAGAAUAUUUAUUUACGCAUGUUAGGUUCUAAUGAUUUCCACGUUUUUUUUUUCUUUUUUCGUAUUGUAUUAAUUAAGGAUUAAGAAUUUGUUUUACAUUAAAACAGCCCCCACUCCCAGAACUUUGGUUUCCGUCAUGCGUUCAAACGUCUUGCCUAAGAGUAAAUCGUAAUCUCUGUUCGGAAUUCAGCAAACAAUUGGAUUUGUGAAUGUGAUAUAUUAAAAAAAAUUGCUGCUACUUAUUGUCUAAUUACGUAAUUUUAGUAUAACGUGAGACAGAUUAUUUAUAUUGUACGACUAGAAUUUUUAGGCAAAUGUACUUUUAUAAAUGAAUGUCGCAGUUCUUUUGAUAUUAGGAAAAACUAUCCAGUUUUUUUUAUUUUAUAAUGACUGACUUAAAUUGUGUUGUAAAUUUAUUAAAUAAAAUUUAAAUGAA